UGCGCCGGGCUUCGCUGGGCGGGCGCGGGCGGGACCGGGGCCCCGCGGCGGCGGCGGCGGCGGCAGGAUGCUCCUUCCCUCGGUCAGUGUCUGGAACCUGGCGUUUUAUGCCCUUAUGAUGUGCCUGGCGAGCCUGGGGCUGUGGGACGUCUUCUUCGGCUUCGAGGAGAACAAGUGCAGCAUGAGCUACAUGUUCGAGUACCCGGAGUAUCAGAAAAUAGAACUUCCAAAGAAACUGGCAAAACGCUAUCCUGCAUAUGAAUUAUAUCUUUAUGGAGAAGGAUCCUAUGCUGAAGAACACAAAAUUCUCCCUUUGACAGGUAUUCCAGUUCUCUUUCUUCCUGGUAAUGCUGGAAGUUAUAAGCAAGUUCGUUCUCUUGGUUCUAUUGCACUUAGAAAAGCAGAAGACAUUGACUUCAAGUACCACUUUGACUUCUUUAGUGUGAAUUUCAAUGAAGAACUGGUGGCACUGUAUGGUGGAAGUCUUCAGAAACAAACCAAGUUUGUACAUGAAUGCAUUAAAACAAUUCUCAAACUCUAUAAGGGUCAAGAAUUUGCUCCAAAAAGUGUGGCAAUAAUUGGUCAUUCUAUGGGUGGUCUUGUUGCAAGAGCAUUGCUUACACUGAAAAAUUUUAAACAAGAUCUGAUAAAUCUUCUUAUUACACAAGCCACCCCUCAUGUUGCUCCUGUGAUGCCAUUAGACCGUUUCAUAACAGAUUUUUAUAUGACUGUAAACAACUAUUGGAUUCUGAAUGCUAGACACAUUAAUUUUACCACGCUUUCUGUAGCUGGAGGAUUCCGGGAUUACCAAGUUCGUUCAGGACUGACUUUUCUACCAAAAUUAAGCCAUCAUACCAGUGCCUUAUCCAUUGUGAGUUCAGCAGUGCCUAAGACGUGGGUCUCAACAGACCACCUCUCCAUUGUGUGGUGUAAACAAUUACAGUUGACUACAAUUCGAGCAUUCUUUGAUCUUAUUGAUGCUGAUACUAAACAAAUAACUCAAAAUCCCAAGAAGAAAUUGUCAGUUUUAAAUCACCACUUUAUAAGACAUCCAGCAAAACACUUUGAGGAAAAUCCAGCAAUAAUUUCUGACUUAACAGGGACAUCUAUGUGGGUUCCAGUAAAAGUAUCCAAAUGGACCUAUGUGGCUUACAAUGAAUCUGAUAAGAUAUAUUUUACAUUUCCUCUUGCAAAUCAUCGAAAAAUCUACACUCAUGUCUAUUGUCAGAGCACCAUGCUGGAUACAAAUAGUUGGAUUUUUGGCUGCAUAAACAGCACUUCUAUGUGCCGGCAAGGAGUUGAUUUAUCAUGGAAAGCUGAACUGCUGCCAACAAUUAAGUCUCUGACGUUAAGACUUCAAGAUUAUCCAUCUUUGUCUCAUCUUGUUGUUUAUGUGCCAUCUAUUCAUGGAAGUAAGUUUGUUAUAGAUUGUGAAUUCUUUAAAAAAGAGACGAGAUCCAUUCAGCUUCCUGUAACGCAUCUUUUUUCCUUUGGACUGUCUUCAAGCAAAGUGAUAUUAAAUACAAGUGGUCUGUUUUAUAAUAUAGAACUCCUAAACUUUGGACAGAUAUACCAGGCUUUUAAAAUCAACGUAGUAAGCAAGUGCUCAGGAGUCAAAGAAGAAAUAACUAGUAUCUAUAAACUUCAUAUUCCUUGGUCUUAUGAAGAUUCACUAACUAUUGCACAGGUACCAUCUUCCACAGAAAUUUCUCUGAAACUCCAUAUUGCUCAACCAGAAAAUGACAGCCAUGUAGCAUUAUUAAAAAUGUAUACAUCUUCAGAUUGUCAGUAUGAAGUGACAGUUAAGACUUCCUUUUCACAAAUACUUGGACAGGUAGUUAGAUUUCAUGGUGGAGCUCUUCCUGCUUAUGUUACAUCUAGUAUCCUUCUUGCUUAUGGGGGGCAGUUAUACUCUCUUUUCUCAACAGGUCAUUGCUUAGAAUAUACUAUUAUGUUGGAUAAAGAAGCCAAACCCUACAAAGUUGAUCCUUUUGUAAUUAUGAUUAAGUUUCUCUUGGGAUAUAAAUGGUUUAAGGAGUUAUGGGAUGUGUUAAUGUUACCAGAAUUAGAUGCCAUCGUUUUAACUAGUCAGAGCAUGUGUUUCCCCCUUGUAUCCUUGAUUCUCUUUCUGUUUGGAACAUGUACUGCCUACUGGGGUGGCCUGCUUUCUUCUACAUCCGUGAGACUCCUAUCUUCAUUGUGGCUAGCUUUGAAAAGGCCCUCUGAACUUCCUAAAGAUAUCAAGAUGAUAUCAGCAGAUUUGCCCUUUUUGACAGUUGUUUUGAUCAUAGUUAGUUGGACAACUUGUGGAGCAUUUGCCAUACUUCUUACUUAUCUUUAUUAUGUGUUUAAGAUUGUUCAUCUGCAAGCCAGCCUAACAACUUACAAAAAUAGCCAGACUGUGAAUCCCAAACACUCUAGAAGAAGUGAAAAAAAAUCAAAUCACCAUAAAGACUCUACAAUACACCACCUUCGUUUAUCUGCCAAUGAUGCUGAAGAUAGUCUUCACAUGCACAAUACUGUGAUUAACUUAUUAACAUGGAUUGUAUUACUCAGCAUGCCAUCUUUAAUUUAUUGGUUAAAAAAUCUCAGGUAUUACUUUAAACUUAAUCCUGAUCCAUGUAAACCUUUGUCAUUUAUCCUUAUUCCAACUAUGGCAAUUCUUGGAAAUACUCAUACUGUUUCAAUAAAAUCCAGUAAAUUGUUGAAGACUACUUCACAAUUUCCACUUCCUCUGGCUGUUGGUGUAAUUGCUUUUGGGUCAACACACUUAUACAGGGUUCCGUGCUUUGUUUUCAUUCCUCUUUUACUCCAUGCAUUGUGCAACUUUAUGUAAGAUUGGAUUUAAGGAAUGAUAAAAAUAAUUUAUACCUUUAGGGGGUCAGUAAUAAGAAGGAAUGCACAGAUUCAUCAGUGUGGACAGCAGGAUCCUUUGGAGAAGACCAGUCUAUUUUUACAAUAUUGAAAAUAGGAAAUUAGUUUUAUAAUGCUUGAGAAAGUAGUUUGAAGCAUGAUUUCGUUUUGUGGUAUGGCAACUGCGUACUAGUCAUUUUUGAAAAAUUGGUAAAAACGUAUGGUGGCCAGUUUUUGAGGACUUCUGCUUAUCAGCUGUUCUGCUUGAUUGGCCAUACUGAAGAUCUUCUAAAUACUCAGUAAAUGUAGCAUUGCUUGUAAUCUCAACUCAAGCAUUCUGCUCAUUUCAUCAAACUUUCCUGAAAAGUCGGUUACUUUGUAUUUGCUACAGCAUGCAUAUUAAGAAAUCAGUCUUAAAAGAUGAAUGAAAAAGAUGAAAUUCACAACUGUUUGAUUUCUCAAAAAUGAAAUAAUUUCAAAGUGUCUUUGGUCAGUUUUUGGCAGCCACAGUGAACAAGGCAUUUUUUAAACAAAGAUUAAAAUGCAACUUUUAAUUUUAAGGAGACAUGUUUUCUUGAUAAGAUUGAAAAAUAUAAUUUAAACUCAAAACUUGAUGAAAUUUUCUCUCUCCUUUUCAAAUUCAGAUCUUAUUUUGUAUUCUUGGUGAAUAUCAGGAGACUAUUAAAGAAAUCUUUGUUAAAUUUAAAGAAAAUUGUCCCAGGUAUUUGCUUACUGGCAUUGGAGUAGUACAGUUGUUCAGUAUAGACCAUUUUAUUUAAUUCAUUGACCCAUGGUUGCCAAAAGUGCCUAAUAUCAUGAUGGAUUGUUAAAAUAACAAGAUUCCAGUGGUCAGAAAAAAACUCUAGGUUUGCACAAUUUUUGUCUACCAUAGGAAAAAAUCAGCAUAACCAAGCGGUGUACCACAUUUGAUAUGUAAAAUUAUACUAUUAAUGGAAUAACCAGCUGUUGCCCAUUAAUAGCAUAAGUAUAAACAGUAUACGUAAAUAAAUUGGCAGUUUUAGCCAUGAGUUUAACAAUGGCAUCUUAAUUUGCCAAGGUGAUUACCUUGGUUUGACAGAAAAGACAGUAAUACUUCUAUUUCAUUUCAGACUUCAGCUCACUUUUAGCUACAAAAGAGCAGGUAAUGGCGCUAAGCAUCUUUGCCUUAAGGUAGAAUAAACUCAGGCAGAAGUAUACUUGGCUCAUAGAGCCCUUCGGAACUUUGGAUGUGUAUGCUCUAAAGACCCAAACCUUUUAAGUAAAGCCCUUAAAUCCCGGUAAUACUUGUGGACUUUUGUCCUCGUUAGUACCCAGGAAUGUCCUAGAGUACCAGAUUCAUUUUAUCACCAUUGCCUCUGGAUUCCAUUACGGCCUCUCAGCUGUUAACUGCCUGUAGAGGAUUACCCCCACUUCAUUGCCUGUAGAGAGUUACCUCACUUCUCUUCUCAGUUAUUCCUCAGGUCCUUGCUGCUCUGGCAUCAGUCGAAGAGGGUGUCUGUACUGUCUGUGAGGGUUAUCAGUUUGAUUUCAUUGUUUUCUCUUCCAACCUCAUUCCUACUGUUCAGUAUUUAUAUUUUCACUUAUGGAGAUCAUUAAAGGGAAGUGAUAACCUCAGAGUAGACAUGGCUGGCAUUUCAGGCUCUUGUUUGUUUGAGAGAGGCAGCAAAAGGAUAAAAUACAGAAUGCUUGUGUGUUCAGUACCUAAAAGGAAAAGGAGUUUAUUAUACACUUGUCCCAUGGCAAACCACAUGUAUAUUUAAAUAAGGACACGUCUGCUUAUGUUUACCUAUUCAUACACUCAUAAGUAAGUUUAUAUACAUUGUAUUUUUGUUUUUUCACUGAUACUAUAUUUUAAGUUACAAGUUAAAUAUGACAUGACUAUUUCUGAAUUUAAACACAUUUAUAUAAAGAACUUUAGAAAAUUCAUUAGUUUGUAUCUUCUAUUGACAGCCACAAUCAUUGUGUCAUCUAGAGUCUCCUUGUUCAGUCAGUACUGCUCAUGAAUAAAGUGUAACCAGCUUAAAUUUCUCAUUUGUGAGAGUCGGAGAUUAGCUUUUUAAAGCAGCAGACUGGGCACACUAAUUCUCACUAAAUUUUCACGUGAGUGUAGUUAUCAAGUCUUAUUCCAACAAAAUAUUUCAUUUUAGGACUAUAAAAAGGAUUCUAAUUAAACAUUUUAUAGGGGACACCUGGGUGGCUCAGCGGUUGAGUGCCAGCCUUCGGCCCAGAGUGUGAUCCUGGAGACCCAGGAUAGAGUCCCACAUUGGGCUCCCUGCAUGCUUCUCCCUCUGCCUGUGUCUCUGCCUCUCUCUCUCUCUCUCUCUCUGUCUCUCUCUGUCUCUCUCUGUGUGUCUCUCAUGAAUAAAUAAAUAAAAUCUCUUUUAAAAAUUAUAUAAACAACAAUAGGUUGAGUCUUUAGCCAUCUCUCUCUCUCUCUCUCUCUCUCUCUCUCUCUCUCUCUCUCUCACACACACACACACACACACACACACACACACACACACACACACUUUGACAGGGUCUUUAUCAAAUCCUGACACACUUUAAGCCCAAAUAACUACCAGAGAUGUAAAGGUAGACGCUGUCUGAAGCGUCUGUAAUCUGAAAGAUUACAGAAAUUGAUGUUUCUGUCACUGGAGGAAAAGAAAAUUCUUUUGUCUUUAAAUUAUACAUCGUUUCUACCAUGCUUACAACCUAUAUUGUUAGCUGGUAAAACACAACAGCUUUAUUAGCAAUGUUACUAAAAAUGAAAUUGUUUAUUGCCAGUUACAGGUUAUCCAGUUCAGCCAACUUCUGAGCUCUAGAGCCAUAAUAUUUUUUUUAUUUAGAAUUUGAAUUUCAAGUAAGUUUUGUGCUUCUAAAAAUUACUCUUGGACCCUAUUAUUGAUAACUGGAUCAAACAUACAGAUCAAACAAGGAAAUUACUGAGUACGUUUAGUGUUUCUAAAGCCUCAGGUAUUAUUAGCAUUAUAAUUAGGAACUGAUACUAUGAUAGAAAACAUUAACCUCUUUUUUCUGGAUCUUUUUCAUGCCAGAAAUUGAACAAGUUCUGCUAAUUCUUUUCUUGGUUGUCACCAGAAUGAAAAUAUUUAAAAGAGUGUUCACAAAAAGCCAUUCUUGCUUGGUUCACAUUGAUUUUGAGUUUCUUCAAUAUAUAUUGAUCAUAAAAAAUAUAUAUAUAUAUAUAUUGAUCAUGUAUUGAUUAAUCUUUAAUUUUUUUCAUAUUUUGGUCAGAUAAAUUCAAUGUAUAUAAUGGGAUACCCUUUUGGUUGAACUAUACUAUGAUAUCUACAUGAUUAUAUAGUAAAGAAAAAUAGGCAUAGUAAGUAUUUGCAUUUGGUACACUCAUGCAGAUGGUACACAUUUCCACCACACACACACACACACACACACAUUUAAAUGAGGCAGAUUAUCUGAUUUGCUUAUUAUCUAGUUCUACACUUUUCUUAAUGCUUCAGACUCGUUAUUCAUAGCGUUGUAUAUUUAUUUUACCUUGCUGCUCAUUAGCACCUCUUACACAGUGGCCAGGGGAAAUAGAAGGAGGUAAGACUCAAUUUUCAGUUCUUGAAAGCUAUAAGGAAAAUGGGAGAAACACUAAGAUUAUGGGAUAAACUAGAACUGUUGAUCCUGAAUCCCCAGAUAGUUCAAAUGACCUGUAUUUUCAUUUUAGGCAUUAGGUCUAAAUUUGUGUAAUGUCUUUAUUAGGAGGUUUAGUGUAAAACUUUACAGUACUGAAUUUGCAAAUUUAGUAACCUGUUACUAAAAAUCAGAUGGGAAAUUUUUAAAUGUGUUGUGACUUUAUGACUUAGGCAUCACUUGGUUAUUUUUUCAUCAUCACUUUUUGUUUUCUCAGUUUUACAUCAUAGGAAACUAGAUACCUUAUGAGGCUUUUCAGGAGGAAGUCAAUUUGGAGAGCAUGGCGCACUCCAAGGAAGUAUUAAAAGUAUCUUUGUAUUAUGCGGGGAGCCUGGCUGGCUCAGUUGGUGGAGCAUGUGACUCUUGGUCUCAGGAUUGUGAAUUCAAGCCCUAUAUUGGGUAUGGAAAUUCCUUAAACUCUUUAAAAAAAAAAAAAAGAAAAAGUAUCUUUGCAUUAUGAAAUUAGACCCUGACAGAAAGCCUCCUUGCCACACAAGUAGAAGAUACUUUUACAAAAAAAUGGUUAAGAGCUGAAAUUUUAUCUCACUCUUUUUGAACAGAGGACAGCAUUUCAAAUUAAUGAACUUUUAUUUAUAAAUAUGACUCAUGCAUUCUUUCACAGUAUGUUUCAACAGUCUGAGGAGAUAGGAAGUCUGUGAGACUCCUUGUGUUCUUUACUUUUAAUAAGCAUAGGAAAGAAGAGAUCAGUAAUCCAAAUCCGAGAGUAUGUGUACUGUAAAUGUUUAAGAACUCACAUUUUUGUGAUAUAUUAUGAAUAUAGAAGACUGAAUUUUGUAAAUUAACAGUUUUAAGAACAGAAUAAAGUUUGGAAAUAGUGAGAAUAGACUUAUUUCAUUAAUAGUAUAAAUAUAACAGUACACCUGAGUCAAUAAUACACGUCUUUCAAAAGUUAAAUGAUACCCUAAGCUACAUGUUGAUUACGUUGUCUAUGGUUGAAAUUUUUAAAUCCAAUACAAGACUUUCUAAAAGUGUUUGGCAUGUUUUGCUGCCAAAAAUGACUAUAGUUUGAAAUGCCAAGUAACCAAUUUCUGAUGACUUUGUUAUAGGACUUGAUAUAUAUAUGAGUCAGAAUUAUUCUGUGCUGAUUCUGUACAUUGUAACUUUGAACACUUGUGAAAAACUGUAUUUGUUGAUAUAUUUUGGGUAGUGUAAAUUUGUUUGCAUAUUUGAAUUUUAAACUUAAGGAAGGCUGAAAAGUAGUCAUUUUUGUAAAGCUCGUAUGCUAUUUUCAAUGUUAUUUUUGCUUUUAGUAUUUGUAUUCUAGUAAUGUUAUUAGUGAAAGAUUUAUAGACAAAGCAUAGAACCAUUAACUGUUCAUAAGCCUAAAUUAUAGGCAUAUUUUAAAUUUCAUGUUGCACUUGUUUUGUUUUGUAUUGGAUUUUUUACAUCCCUUUUACAAGAAAAAACACAUUUGAAUUUUUUAGCAUAAAACUCUACACUGCAAAAUAUAACUAUAUUCAUAUGGUUAGCAAAAUAUGCUUUGCCACCAAAGCUAAAUGAAACUGUAAAAUACCUCUAGAUAUUUGUGCCAAUGAAUUUUUCUUAACAUAAUGGGAUUAAAGCAAAAUAAUAUUUUCAGUAUUUUUCAUCUAGGACUUAUUAAAUAUAUAAAUCACUAAAACUUAUAUUCCAUACCCUGAAUUUUUCUUUGAAUAUAUAUAAUAUGCCAUAAUAUAUUUUGUCUGAUUUCUGGAAUAAUGUUCUCUGAUUUUGGAAGGUUUAAGAGUUAAUUUAUCCAAUAAGGAUCUUUUUUAUUGAUUGAAGUAAUCUUGCUUCAUUCAUCACAGAUUCAUUCUGUUUUGUAAAACUAAAUUUUUUGCACAGAUUAUUUUUAGUACAGGUGUCUCUCAUUUAUGUAAUAGAGAUUUUACUGUGGAAUUUAUUUUCUAUGUAUUUCUCUUCAGAUCACAUGUCACAAAGGGGAAAAUUAUCUAACAUAUCCUACAUAGUACAGUGAAAUAAACAUAUUUAAAUGCAUAUUUUAGCAGAAAAUAUAAACAGUGGUGUUAAUGCUGCAGUGUUAACAUUGAUGCAUGGUGGUGUACACAUGAGAGAAAAACAGAAAAAUGAUGGACUCACAAACAUAUUUAUUCUGAUUUAAAUUCUUUAACUUCUCCCCCAUAGAAAUUCUCAAAGGAGUUUCAGUCCCUCGCAUUAUGCAUUUUUUCCCAUCGUUUUAAUGUCACUUAUUGUUUCUCUGUCCAGCAAUGUUGAUGCGGUUUGCAAAAGUAGCCUUGGAAGUGAAGAGGCAAGAGAAAACCAAAUUUGACCUUGAUUAGUGACAGUUUAUCCAGGUAACUGGUAGUGACUGGAUAUUAAUAAAAAGAUGAUUACAAAACUUAAAAUUCAGUUAACAUUGUUUUUUUGGAAUGAGGUUUUCCUGGUGUUAAAUAAUUUUAUCCCAAGUAAGAGAUACCUGUAUUUUAAUACAACCAUGCUAUCUACAUAAUCAAAUACACCUUUGUUGGAAUGUUAGUAGAAAUAAUCUCCCCCUCCAGAUAAGAAUCUCCCAAUUUUUAGUGUAUGUGAUCCAGGAAAUUGUAUUGUGUGCUUACAUUUUUGAAAAUAUAAAAAUGACUGACUUUAGAUAUAUUAUUUUGAAGUGAUUGUAUUAGUUUCUUAAACUUACAACUAACUAAAUGUAGCAACAUACCCAUGAAAAACCAGACCAAAAUUGAACGCAUAUUAUCACUGUGACCUUGAGCUUAGAGUCGUAUAGGAUAAAACAGACUGUGCCUUAAAAUGAAGGAAUGCCCUACAAUUUUAUAACUGUAUAUUUUAUUAUGGGUGGUCUUCUUAGAUUGGCCCCCCCCUUUUUUUUCCUUAAAGUUGGUGAAGUAAAAAUUUUAAAGUUGACCAGUAUUUCUUUGCUCUAGAGGCUUCCCUUAAUUUCCAGAGUUCUCAUUUUGAAUUAAAAUUUACUUACACUUCAUAGAUGUAGAAAAGUAAUUUUGGCUAAAGUUUAUGAAAAUAAAUUUAUUUUAGGAAAAGGUGGUGGCACUUCUGUUUUGCACUUGUCUACAUGUGGAAAAAUCUUCAAAUAUAAUUUUUUUGUCUUUUUAAUAAGUAAACGAUCAAAGACAUGAAUUCUUCCUUAAGACCUAUACUUACUUUUCCUGAGAUUAUUGAGGCUCAUAUUUGAAUAUCACACUUAGUUUACCCAAUAACGAAUUUUCGGUUCUUAAAUGCAGACUCAUGCAGUAUAUUUUUAAACAUAAUUUCCCCCUUUUCUCUUUUUCCUUGCUAAUUAUUUUUAAGGUAUCAACUGGUUCCAACUGUUAGUUUUUUUAAUGUAAAGAGUUGUAUUUUUACUGUGCUUAUUUUAAAAUAAUAUAAUUUCUAUUAGGACAAAUUAUUCCAUUCAUAGGACAUAAUGGCCUCUGCUAAAAAAUGCCCACAUCUCUGUGUACUUAGGAUUUGUUGUAUAUUUUUCAGUGUCAAUUUUGAACAUAAACUCAACACAUUUCUUCUUCCCAUUUCACCUCUACUGCCUCUCCUCAAAGACAAAAAUCUCAGUUUCUCUACAAAUCAGUAGAAAGAAAACAUGUCUUUCCUUAAAACAUGUUAAGUUUAAGAUGGAAAUAGUUUGGGCAAGGAAAUGUAAUAAAAUACAUGGCUGUCAACCUGCAUCCAUCUUUAUGUUAUAGUUAAAAGUUUAUAAAGGACAAACUACAUGUUACGCUAAUACCCAGUAAUCCUUUAUUUGCAAAUUGAUAACUUUGUUCUCAUCCAGAAAACACAGUGCAUAGUAACAAUAAGUGCAAAGAAGGUUGUCCUGUAGUAUAUACAGAAAAAUGAUUUUCACCUUGCAGAUUUUUCCAUUUAAAUAUGCAUGAUCUUCUCCAGUACUUUGUAUAAGGUGUAUGAAACACACGUGUGAUUUUGUGUGUAUUUUUUAUAUAAGUACGACAGUACGUUUAACUGGUUGUAAUUCACAAAAAGUGCUAUUUAUUAUACUCUGUAAAGUGUCGUAUGUGUUUUUAUCUGUGUUUCAGCGUUAUGGUGUGGGGUUUCAUAGGUGAAUAUUUGCCUUCAGUCUUCGCUCAGGUAUUAAUGUGUAGCAAUUUUUGGUGCUUUCUUUUUAAUCUGUUGUAAUCUGGUGUUCUGAAUGUUCAACAAUAAAUUUUGUGAACAAGA